AAAAGCAGAGCAAGAGGGGAGAGACCGGCGAGAGUUGAAACGAGGUACAAUAGGGGAAGAGACCAGUGAGAGCUGAAAAGAUGCUGGGUCAAGCCUGUGAACUGACCACGUUCUGAAAAGAAAAUCAAAGUCUGAUGUCACAGGGAAACAGCUGCUGUGGCUUAGUUUUAAGUUGACAAGCACUAGGUGUAAGGUCAAAGCAGAAACCACAACCUCAAUCAGACAUCACGACAGCUCGUGGCGUAAAAAAUGAGGCGUGGCUUCACUCCCCCUUACUCUGCUGCACUUGACUGAAGGCCUUGAGAAACUGCUGCACUACACUUUUCCCAAUCAGCCUGAGUUGGAAGUUCAGAAUAUUGAGUUUGUUGAAUUGAAAAUCUUGGAACCAAAGCUUCAGUUCUGUUUUCAUUAUGGCUUGGUGUCAGACGGACUGUAUUGAAAAACCUCUCUGUGCAGCAUUCAGGAAACUGGGAACUUGUGUUGGUCAAAAUCCCUGGUGGUUUUUGCUGGUCCCUCUGGUUGUUUCCGGAGGAAUAGGGGCAGGAUUUUGUUUCUUUGCUGAAAAUGAAAGCAAUAACAUAGAGGAUCAGUUCACACCCACUAAUGGGCCAGCAAAAUCAGAGAGAGAAUUCAUUAAAGAACAUUUUCCAACCAAUGAUUCUGGAUUCUUCUCCAGACAGAGGCUUUACACUGAGGGUGCAUUUGCUUCUUUCAUUGCUGUUUCAAAAGAUAGCAACAUCCUUACAAAAGCAGCGUUUGAAGAGAUUAUAUUAAUUGAUAAAAAAGUCAAAGACUUUCACUUUUAUGACAAUGGCACUGUCUACAAUUAUUCUAAUCUCUGUGCAAAAGCAGGAGCCACUUGCUUCUCAAAUGCACUCUUAGAUUUGCUAAAUUAUGACCCUAAUCUGGUUGAGAACACAAAUAUUUCUUACCCAAUAGCAAAUCGUUCUUUUAUUGCUAAUAUAGUGGGUGGAGUUCAAUUAGAUGAGAUUGGAACUGUUAUCAAAAAGGCUAAAGCUUUAAGACUGCGUUACCAAUUAAGAGAAGAUGAUGAAAAAAACAAGAGACUCAGUUUACUUUGGAUUGAGAAGUUUCUUAGUGAAUUCCCAAGGGACCUUGCACAUUCAACACAUAUUGAGGUUUCACAUUUUACUUCUGUAUCAAGGCAAGAAGAAUUUGAAAAAAAUUCUAAAAGAAUUAUUCCACUUUUUUCUGUAACAUAUUUGCUUUCAAUAUCCUUUUCCAUCAUUUCUUGCAUGAGGCUUGACUGUGUGAGGAAUAAGGUCUGGGUUGCUGCUCUGGGAGUCAUAUCAGCUGGAUUAGCUGUGCUUACAGGAUUUGGAUUUCUGCUGUAUUGUGGGAUAUCAUUUGCCAUCAAUACUGCCAAUGCACCCUUUCUGAUUCUAGGUAUUGGUGUGGACGAUAUGUUUAUUAUGCUCGCUAACUGGCAAAAGACAAAAGUGCAUGAUAAAGUUGAAGAUCGCCUGGCAAAGACUUAUGCUGAAGCAGCUGUUUCUAUUACAAUCACCACUCUGACUAAUGUUUUGGCCUUUUAUAUUGGUGUCAUGACACCUUUUCCAUCCGUGCAGUCAUUUUGUGUUUACACAGGCACAACUAUUCUGUUCUGCUUCAUUUACAACAUUACAUUUUUUGGAGCUGUUCUCGCAUUGAACGGAAGAAGAGAAGCCAGUAACAAGCAUUGGCUGACGUUCAGAAAGGUUGAGGAAGAUCAUAAACCUGGAGAAUCUAAACUCUAUGCAUUAUGUUGUGUAGGUGGGACUUACAAUCAGGAAUCAGGUGCAGAAUCAGAACACAAAGUUUAUUUUUUCUUUAAGAAAUAUUAUGGUCCAUUCCUUACAAACCGAUGGACCAAGGUAAUUGUGGCGCUCCUGUAUGUUGGAUAUUUGACUGGCAGUAUUUAUGGCUGUUUACACAUCAAAGAAGGAAUCGAUCUCAGAAAUCUGGCCUUUGAUGAUUCAUAUGUGAUUAAGUUCUAUGAUGAUGAAAGUGAUUUUUUCUCAGAAUAUGGACCACGAGUCAUGGUUACUGUCACUGAAUCUGUGGAAUAUUGGGAUUCCACCAUUCAAGAUGAAAUUGAAACCUGUAUGGGCUGCUUGGAAAACAGCACACAUGUAGACCGUGAGCUGUCAGAGUCCUGGCUUCGUAUGUACAUUGACCGUGCUGAAAAGAUGUCACUAGAUAUAAGGGAGAACAAAACAUUCAUUGGAAAUUUAUCUAAAUUGUUUAACUUUGUCUCUACAUUUCAACAAGAUAUUGAACUCUCAGAAGAUAAAAUGAGCAUUAGAGCAUCACGAUUUUUCAUUCAAAUUGUGAAUGUCAGUGAUUCAUUUGAUCAAAAAAACAUGUUGAUUGAAUUAAGAAAUUUGGCAAGGGAAUGUAGAAUCCCUUUGCUUGUAUAUCAUCCAGCAUUCAUCUACUUUGAUCAAUUUCUUGUAAUUCUGACCACUACAGUCCAGAAUAUAACUGUGGCAACUGCUGUCAUGUUGAUCAUUUCUUUACUCUUAAUACCUAAUCCAGUUUGUUCUUUAUGGGUAACAUUUGCCAUUGCAUCAGUUUUAGUGGGUGUGGCUGGUUUUAUGGCUUUCUGGGGUGUCAAUUUAGAUUCUAUAUCUAUGAUUAAUUUGGUUAUUUGUAUUGGAUUUUCUGUGGACUUUACAGCUCAUAUUUCAUAUGCAUUUGUUUCAAAUGAUAAAACAAGUGCCAAUGAACGAGCUAUUGAUGCACUGUACACUCUUGGCUAUCCCAUUCUACAAGGUGCUCUUUCAACUAUAAUAGGUAUUGCAGUGUUGUCUGUUGCAGGAAGUUACAUAUUUAGAACAUUUUUUAAGAUCAUGUUUCUUGUCAUAUUUUUUGGUGCAGUUCAUGGCAUUAUGUUUAUGCCAGUGAUUCUAACACUUUAUCAAUCUUGUGGCAAUCAGAAUCUUGGUUCCUCAAAUAUACAUGACAGUAAAGAGAGGAGCGAGAGCAGAAAUGCCCACAGCUACCAGCAUGUUCACCAUUGCAAAAUAAAUGGAGCUGAUUCCUGUGAACUGACAGAAAGGUACUAGCAGUUGCCUGUUAUGAGACCAAGGAGAUCUAUAGCAACUUUAUUAAUAUAUUCUUUUCUUAACUGUGAUCCAGGGCUUAAACAUUGAACUUAAUUGGCAGCAUAGGACUUAUUCUUUUUCCUCAAAGCUCCAUAAUGUUGUCAUAACUUGAAAUAAUUAACUGUUGUAAGGUCCAACUUGUUCAUCAUAAGCUACAAAUAUGCCAUCCUACUCUUUCCUGCAUUUCCAUUGAGUUGAAGUCAAGUGCAAUGGCAUCACCUUCUGCUUAUUUAUAUUUUCUCAGGACCUCAGUACUGUGGAGCUCCUUAAUUUCCUCAGUUUUUCUCUCCUAUGGGUUUGAAAAAUCCUCGUUUGCUGAUACUUAAACAAUAUUUCUUAAUUUAUCUCUUUUUUCCUAUUCUUCUAUCUUAUGUUGCCCUCUACCUUGACCCUCCCAUUCACUUUGGUUCCUCAGUCAAAAUUUUACUCUCCCAGCAGUUUUUACAUAAAAUAUGAAGAUGGCCAUAGCAAACAAUGGCACAGAUCUUCUAGUCUAUGGAUGGUUAGAGUCUGGACGUACCCCCCAAGGUUGUACUACUGAACCCUCGGAAAUCCCAAUGCAAGUACUUUGCGGGUUUGUCCAGGAAAUUUCAACUUCUGAUGGGCAAUUCCCCUGCUCCCUGAGAACAUCCAAAAAAGUCUCCAACUCUGAGAUAGAGUCGGAGGCUUGGGAGGGUUCUGACAUACUUACCUGGAUAGCUACCCUGGGUAAUUAUACAACUGACAUCUCCAUUAACUGUCUGACUCCCUGAAUCCAUUUGACCCAUCAAACCUCUGACCCUGCUUGACCCUCCAAACCCCCCCGACCCUCCCACUAUCACGCUGACCCUAUGACUCCACCCCGACCCUCCAACUACCCCGACCUAACAUCACCACCUUACCCACCCUGCCACCUACCACCCUGCCACCCUACCCACCUUCCCUAACUCAUUUCACAGGGAAAAUCUAUUCAAAUGCCCCAAAGUUUUUCAGUGUGUUACUGAAUGAAGAGUUACCAAAAUGUGGCAGCUAGUGCCGUCAAAAGGGGCAUAGCGUGACUUCCCCUGACGAUCCUGCAAUACAAAGAAGAUCUCCAAGAAUAGGUACGCUCUGCAUUUCUGUACAGGUCCAUUCAGAAGGCCAGGCCAGAAAUGCGGAGCUCCACAACAGUGUAAGAAAAUAGGAACAGAGUGGCUAUCCAGCGGUGAUUGCCAUACUUUGGAAGAUACGGCCCUUUAUACAUUAAACCCCCAAAGCAAACCAAAGUUUGUACAUAAUGAAGCAGGGAUGAAGAAUUAUGGGAAAAUUUAUUAUAAUAUGUGUGACACCUAUGAGAGAGAUGUUCAAAUAAUUUCAGAGAUGUACUUCGGAGAUGUUUUUAUUUUUCUCAGGUGAGACACUGGCAUGGCUAGAUUUAUUUCCCAUCCCUAUUCAUCCUGAGAUGCAAUGAGGAUCCUUCUUCUGUCCAGUGGUUGUACACCUGAGUGGCUUGAACGACCACUUCAGAAGAAAUUAAUAACCAAACACUUAGUGAUCACUAACUAAGAGCUGCAGACCAGAUUAGGGUGAUAGGUUCCUUCCCUGAAGGAUAUUAGUAAACUUGUUGGGUUUUUAGAACAAAAAUAAAAUGACCAGAUUUAUUUAAUUUAAUUUCAUAACUUGUAAUGGUGGGCAAUUUAUCUCAUAAUCUCUAGCCAGGGCAAAAACUAAUUACAUUUUCUAAAUGGGAAUGCAAUAGGUACAAUUAUGUUAGACAAUAAAUUCCCUUAAAAAUAACUCAUAAAUCAGAGAUAUUCUUUCCUUUGGUGUUCAAAUAUGUUUUUGCAAUGAUUUGGCAAUCAGCGUGUAAACAAACUUCUCAACUUACAGGCAAAAUAGUGAUCACUUAAACCCCAGGCUUCCUGGUUGUUUUGACACCUGACAGUACUCAAAAAUUGCAUCCUCAUGUGCAUUUGUGAACCAUCUUAAUUAUUUUGUUAUUACAGGAUUAUAAAAUUGGUGCUGCCAUCUUAUUAUCACGAGUCAGACCUCCAGUCAGCUAUUCAUUGGCUGUACACCUAUUUGGUGAUGGGGAUAUAUGGUUUGACUGAUGGCAUUUAAGACACAGACAUCGGGUCUGAAAGAGAAGAUAUAGUCUGGCUGCCUACAGCAGGGAAUGCGAUAGAAGAAAGCAAUGGGUACAGAUCAGAUCCCCAAGAUCUCCAGUGCCACUUUAGAGGUUUUGGCCCAGAUGGUUGUCAUGAGGCAAGAGAUUCUGUUCCUCUCCUCUUCCACCGGCCCCCACCACUCCCACCUACAUCACACCCCAACCCAGGUAACAGAAGGUCCUCCAGGCAACACCUCUACUGCCAAUUGGAAGAGGUUGCAGAAGAGAUUAAUGCCAGGAGCAUUGCACUGAGGACAUGGCUGGAAUGCAGCAAAAGGAGAUGUGUUGAACCAACAAUUCUAACUCAACUCCCUUACAGCCUGCUCACACCACCACCAUCUGCAACCUCCCUGCUUAAUUUCCUUCAAUUACUACAAUCAGUGCACCACAUUUCAUUGUCAUCUCCCUCUCGUACACCCUGCACCUACAACUCUCACCAUUAUUCUACCAUAAAUAGCCAUUAUGUCACAGAAAUCCUAGCUACUGAGUGCAUGUCCCCUUUACUCAUUUCUAUACAGCUCUAGCUAAUGCUUACUGUAAUGCUAUAGAUUAAAUCCAUCCAUCUGCCUGUGAAAGCUUCAUGAUAUCAAAAGAGCAGCAAGUCUUGGUCAAUGCCACUUCGCCAGCCAACACUAUCAAAACUGAUUAUCUGGCUGCUUAUUCAUUUACUUUUUGAGAUCUUGUGUGGAAAUUGUUUUCUGUACAUCCAGCCCUACCUCAUCACUGCCUCUCUCGUAUCCACUGCUGUUGCUAAAUUUUCAGCCUGUUUAUCUGAUAUCCAGCACAGAAAUUUCCUCCAAUUAAAUAUUGGGAAGACAAUGUAACCAUUUGUUUUUGGCCCCCUCUCUAAACUCCAUUCCCUACCUACUGACUCCACCCCUCCUCUAAUAACAGUCUGGGACGAAACCAGUCUAUUUGCAAUGUAGGUGUCAUUUUCAACCCCAGGAUGAGUUUUAGACCACAUAUUCACGCCAUCACCAAGACAGCCAAUUUCCACCUCUGAAACAUCUUUGCACUUGUCUCAGCUCAUCCGCUGCAAAACACCUCUUUCUUGACUUUGCUACUUCUAGAAUUGAUCAUUCUGACACAAUCCUGGCUGGUCUCCCACAUUCUCCCUUUCCUAUAAAGUCAUCUAAAACUCUACUGCCUGUGUCUUAACUCGCAGCAAAUCUCAUUCCCCUAUUACCCCUAUGCUCACUGAUCUACAUUGGCCCCUGGUUAAGCAGUGUCUUAGGUUUCUAAAUUCUCAUCCUUGUUUUCAAAUCCUCCCCAACACCCCUUACCUCUGUACUCUCCAGACUGACAACUCCCUGAGAUAUCUGUGCUCAUCUAAUUGAGGCCUUUUGAGGUCCCUGAUUUUACUUGCUCCACAAUUGGUGACUGCGCCUUCAAUUGCCCAGAUCACAAGCUCUGGAAUUCCAUCCCUGCACUUCUCCACUUCUCUUCCUCACUUUUCCACCUUUAAGGCAUUCCUUAAAAUCUACUUCUUUGAUCAAGUCUUUGGUCAUCUGACCUAAUAUCUCUUCAUG